AUGUCUCUCUUGCAGGUCCGCUCGUUGUUUCCUGCAGCGGCGCGAUAUUCAAGACAUGCGCCACGCCCAAUCACUCUCCUGAGAACACAAAGGUCCCUGUUUGCCGAUUCCUUCGAAGGAAAGCCUUUGGAAACCGAAGACGACUGGACAAAGUUCCAGCUCGAGCGCGCAGGAUUCAAGUCUCUGAUUGACCAUUUCACUCCAUAUGGGUCAACGCAAACAAGGGACAACUCCUUCCAACCGCAUCAUAGCCUUCACAGACCAACGGCUCCCUCCGAUGUCACGCUCUCUACAUUGCUCGCAUCUGGUGCUCAUCUCGGACAUGCUCAAUCCCUGAUGAACCCGAAUUUUCUGCCGUACGCAUAUGGCGUUCGGGCAGGUAUCACCAUUGUCGAUCUCGACCACACACUUCCCCUCUUACGCCGUGCAGCGCAUGUUGUUCGCGGAGUGGCUUCGAAGGGGGGCACUAUCGUGUUCGUCGGCACACGCCCAGACUUGCGGCCUGUUGUUCGCAAAGCUGCAGAGAGAAUGGGACGAAGGGCGUAUAACGUCGGGGAGAAGUGGCUACCAGGCACGCUGACGAACAAGGCCGUGAUGUAUGGCCCACAAGUUGUCAAAUCUGAACAAGUCGUACCGGAUCUCGUCAUUCUGCUCAAUCCUGUUCCCAAUAUGCAUGCCAUCCGAGAAUGCGCAAUUGAACACGUCCCCACGAUCGCUAUCAUCGAUACAAAUGUCGACCCGCGUGUCGUAAUGUACCCGAUACCGGCAAACGACGAGAGCACUCGCACGGCGGAGCUUAUUGCAGGUGUAUUGAGUAUAGCAGGGAGGGAGGGUGUAGCGCUUUACGAAGAGGACCUCAAGCGAAAAUCUGUGCACACGGAAAAGCACCAGAAAAGGGUUGCUGGCCAGAAAAAUGUACAGCGGCAGCAUACAUAG